GGAGGUCUGACGGCUAUCUGUCGAAACAUGUGGCACUCAGACUUCUGCUCUUUGGUUUUCACUCCUCUGGAAGAAAAAGUUUCACCAAGAGUUUCAUCCAAGAUAAAAUGAUUUAUUCGCAUCCUGUAGCUGCCAAGUGUCACACGGACGACCUGUGAUGGGAAAAAGAAAUCUGUGAGUCGAAGCAAACUGCACUCAAACGGUAACGUGAACAUAACCAUCGAUAACAUGUGACCAGAAGCCACAGCGAGAGUCAGAGUGACGUCUGAAAGAGGAAACGGCACCACAGUCUGCUACCUGCUAUCAGAGCUGCUAUCACUGUUUAUGAGAACAUUACUGGAGCUUGUAGUUGGAGUGACUUACAGCUAAAUGGUGCUUUAUCAGGAUGCGGUGCCCGAGUAUCCACUGAUGGACUGAUCAUGCUGCAGACAUCGAUCGAGUCUCACCAAAGCUUUUUGUUCUCCCUGCGGAGGGCGAUGGAGUUUCUGCUCCUGAUCUUUCUCUUUCUCCUUGCACCUCUGCUGCUGCCAGCCUCGUGCCAAACCGUCAAUGGAAGCAUUGGAGAGACGCUCCUUUGGCCGUGCAUGCACAAACUUACUAAGAAGUUUGUCCGUGAGCAAACUUACAUCUACUGGCAGGGGAUGGACGGCAGCAGUAAUCCCACAGUGGCCCACGUCUAUGUGAAGGGAGAAGAAGAGUUUCUUUAUCAAAGCUCAUCCUUUCAGAACAGGACUGCAAUCUUCUUUUCUCAGUUAGAGGAUGGAAAUUUCUCUCUCCUGAUUAAAAACCUGAUGCUGGACCACGAUCGGACCUUCAUUGAAGUUGUUUUUAUUUCAGAUGACUCAAAGGAGAAUAUCUGUCAGAAGACCCUGCAUGUGGCAGCGGUCUUCCAGGAACCAAACAUCGAGCUAAGCCAGGCCUCAGCAACCUGCAGCACGGCGGGGGGCUAUCCUGAACCUGAAGUGAUGUGGCUCUCCACAGACAACCAGGGAAAUGAAGCCAUCCUGGAGCCGCUGGAAGUAAAGAUUGAUAACAACACCAGGAAUGGAACAUUCAGCGUCUUCAGCAAAGCCAACAUCAGCGGAUUAAAAACUGUAACGUGCAGAAUUUGCAAUCCCACUUCGGGCGAAUGUCAGACAACAACCAAAGACGUCUCACCUGCCGGGACUUUGUUUACAGGUGGAAUAGCUGUCAUCGUCAUCGUUGCCUUCAUCGUGGGGAUUAUCAGCAUCGCUCUUUGUGUGAUCUGUCAAUGUGUGUAUGGGUGUGUGCGUGUGUGUGAGGGUGCGGUCGUGGCAGGCACUAUCAGGCCUGGUGGGUGUGGCCCUGCCAGCUGACCGGUCACACCUGGGAAUCUCCACACACACCUGGCGCCGAUCAAGCCUUGUCAGAGGAGCUUCAAAACAGUGUGGCUGAGAGCUCCUCAACGCUGGAUCAUUGAGUGACUUCCCGAGGAAUUGUGGCGACCAGGAGGCAGCACACGGACAGUACACAGGGAACGAAGACAGAGCACGGAGCACGGGAUAAGGGAGAAGACACGGAACAGGAGUCGGGAUCGCUCUGGGGAUUUAUUGUUGUUUGGAUUUACACCACUGUAAA